AUGAGGUGCCUGCUCCCUUCAAGAUGUCAGAGUUACCCUGAAGAAAUCCAUCUUUGUAUCCCCUGCACUUGGAAACCCAAUGGAGAACAUACAGGUGAAUCCACUGUGGCCCCAACAGAACGAAGACUGGCCCAGCAGGCAUCCCGACGUUAUGCGUCUCUCAACCCCCUCUUACCCUUUGAAUCUGCUGAAGAUCUGUUAUUGCUAGAAAGUGACAUUCCCACUGCUGGGAAUCUGGUAAUUGUGCUACUGCAGAAACUGAGGCUUACAGAGGCCGAGAUCACUAAGCCAAAUCCAAACAAUGCGACUGAAUUCAUUCUUUUGGGCAUCACAGAGAACCCAGAGCUGCGGAAAAUGCUCUCUGCUGUGUUUCUAAUCCUGUACGUGUCCACGGUUUUGGGGAACCUACUCAUGGUGGUAACCGUGAUCACAAGUCAGAACCUGAGAUCACCUAUGUAUUUUUUCCUCACUUCCUUGUCCUUCAUGGAUGCCACCUACUGUUCUGUCAUUGCCCCCAAGAUGAUCGUGGACUCCUUCUCCUAGAGAACUACCAUCUCCUUUGAAGGCUGCAUGACCCAACUCUUUGCGGAGCAUUUCUUUGGUGGUGUGGGGGUCAUCCUUCUCGUCGUGAUGGCCUAUGACCGCUACGUGGCCAUCUGUAAGCCCCUGCACUACCCGAGCAUCAACCCUCGGGUGUGCCGCCUGCUGCUGGGAGGCGCCUGCGUGGGGGGGUUUAUCCACGCAGCAAUACAGCUUCUCUUCAUGUAUCAAAUACCCUUCUGUGGUCCCAAUGUCAUCGAUCACUUCAUGUGUGAUUUGUUCCCAUUGCUGAAACUCGCCUGCAUGGACACCCAUGCCCUGGGUCUCUUAGUCAUCCUCAACAGUGGGGUGAUGUGUGUGACCAUCUUCCUUAUCCUCGUGGCCUCCUACGUGGUCAUCCUCUGCUCCCUGAAGUCUUGCAGCUCUGCGGGGCGGCGCAAAGCCCUCUCGACCUGUGGCUCCCACCUCACUGUGGUCGUCUUGUUCUUCGUGCCCUGCAUUUUCCUGUACGUGCGGCCUGUGGCCACUUACCCCCUAGACAAGGCAAUGGCCGUGUCUGAUUCCAUCAUCACGCCCAUGUUAAACCCCCUGAUCUACACCCUGAGGAACGCAGAGGUGAAAAAUGCCAUGGGGAAACUGUGGGGGAAAGGGGGCGGGGCUUUUGUUGGCAGGUGCGUGUCAUGCUAAGAGCAUCAUGUCUCCCAUAAAGAGGAAUUCUUUCAGACACGUGUGAGAAAUAAACUGUCCAUUCUCCACUAGCGGCCAGAGGGGUUUCUUAACAAUAUAAAGCUCUUUAUGAUUUAGGAUUUAAGGACCAUGGAUUUGUUAAAGGAUUAUGAUCUGCUACUGAUUUAGACCCUCCUUGGCUUCCCAUUGCCUUUAGAAACAUCCUGCCUUGUGGUAAAAUUCUC